UCUGAAUCUGGUGUCGAUGAUAUUGCCAAUGUCGUUUCUUCUGUCUUCCUAUCGACACGAAGAGGCAGUACUAGACAUAAUCGAGUCGGACCCGAUGCUGCAUCGUAGUGCUGGAGAGACAUGCUGUCCAUGAAAACCUAUUCUCCACGUAUUGAAUACGUACUCCUCCUCGUACUUUUUCGUAACGAAGAAUAUUUUCAGCCUUUGCCCCGACCAUUUCUUACUGAAGCAUUCUGAAAGACACACCUCCUUAGGAACACAAAAAGUUUCUAGGAGAAAUGCUGAAAAGCAUGUUCAGCUUUUUUGUCCAAACAUAUGAGCAGUUAUUGAUUGAUGACAACAUUAAGAUUAAUCUACUCGGCGAUCUGCCUAAGAUUUCCCCGGCGAUUUCUCCCCGCUCAUCUAGAAGCUUUCUGCUGGCUUGUUAGUUAUUGGCGGUAUGCUGGACAGUUAUUGACUAUUUUGAGUGAAUCUGAUUCCCAUAAGCAGUUACGAAUCAGCAUUCAGCAGUGAGAAUAUUAAGAAGAAGAAGAAGAAGAAGUGCCUGUCUCCUGACAAGAUAUUAUCUAUCAUCCUGAGAAGAAAAGUGAUGGUGCAGUAAAUACAAUGUAAAUGGAAACGAAGGAUAAGAGCGAGAAUCUUUCUUACUGAGACCUUCACAUUCCGAAACACACUCUUUAACAGGAUAAAAGAGCCAGGCUGACGCAAUACAAAAAAGACCUUCGAGGGGCUCUCAAGAAGUGCGUGAAGGGCUUGGGCACGGAAUUAAACGUCGAUAUGGACGAGGCAGAGUUUUCGUUCAUUUUCGGCGAAUAUGAUCUUAAGGGUAGGUUAAAGGUGCUUUUCUUACCGCUUUUGAUGCCUCUCCCCCUUAGGAUGAGAAAGGCAUAACAAGCGGGGUAAGCGAGCACCAACAAGCUACCUCUAAUGAUCACCUCGGUCCUCGUUGUGGCGAGGGAGAUUACUUCUUUACUGCAUCCUCACCACGCAAGGCAACUCUGACAGAAAAUGUGGGGACUCGACCUGGAGCAUCAGGUCGAUGACUGUGACGCGUUGGUCACCGUCGUCCGUUCGACUCGAAUGGAGCAUCGACAGGGGUAACACUUUCUGAAAUGACUGAUCUGCUACUGCAUUCGUGAGUUAAUCAAACUGUCGGUGUCAUAUCUCCUCGAGUGGAAAGUUGUCGUCAUAAUAUAAUGAUCAUGUGCCUUAUAUGAAGGAGUGGGAGCCACGAUACAGGAUUGCAGGGUAGUGCACACAGACAAACGCUUCUCGGGCCACAAGAUGGCGAAGCUAACACUGAGGACAGACGCUUUUGGGUGGUACGGGAGGAGGAAGAAGAAGCACACAGCCGUAAGGGUACCAAGGUCGUCUCGAUGAUUUUAUAAGUAACUGCCACUUCCGAAAUGGCGGAAGUUCCUUUUACGUCCUCCGUUGACUCAACUUCAUAUAAGGCACAUGAUCAUUAUAUUAUGACUCCUUCAUAUAAGGCACAUGAUCAUUAUAUUAUGACGACAACGAGUGCUCUCUUGUGAAAUAGUUCGUCUAUCUCGGUUUAUAUCUGUCGAUGUGUGCGAGUGCUCAUCCUCUUUCUUUUUGUAGUAAAUUAUACGGAGCUGGCCGUGUCGCAGAGAGAGAGGGAGAGAAUCAUGGUGUCGAACCCCAACCCUUUGAUGCAGAGUGCUUUGCUGGAUCCAACUUGGAUGACAUAUUCAUGGUGCAGGGACUAUUUGGUACCUGCUGCAGCACUGUUGUUGAAGAGGUGUGAGCAGUUGUAUCAAAAUUUUACCCAAGGACCCCUCAGAACCCAGAUUUUGUUGUAUUGUCCCCAAAUGCAGCACAUGUAGAAGUAGUUCUUUUUGAUUUUAUUGGGAUGCUUUGCGUGUGGAGACCAGGCAUAACUUACUACAUUUGUAUUGUAUUCAGUGACUUUGCAUCUCUUCACCAUCUUUCUGGCAGUGUGAAUGAUGCUUUUCUUGAUUAGAUGAGGUGGGGGCUGGGAGUACAUCAGAUCAUGAGGUAGAAACGAGGAGCACAUCAGAAGAUGAGGUUCAGUAAUAGUUCUACCAGUUGGAUGAAUGGGAUCAUUGGGAAGAAUAUUUAUAGAACUACAAGAUAAACUGCCUGAGAAACAAGUGAGUCAACGGAGGACGUAAAAGGAACUCCGCAAACGCUCAGCGAGCACUUCAAAAAUAAGCCUCGCUUGAACACGACAAUUCAGCUGGUACAGGAGCCAUCUUUGUUGAGGCAAUGCGCCUUCUUCUCGGAAAAUGGUUUCGGGAGUUCUUCCCGAGCUCUGGACGGUCGGAUGCGGAGACGAAGACUGCAGUAUGGCUUAAGGUUCAUCAGUUGUACUUGUAGGUCCGACAAUCGUAUGUGUAAUUGGGGCCGACCGGUGUUAACAGCAUAAGCUGAGGAGAUACAAUUUAGAAGUUUUCCAUUCUUGCACUCUCUCCUUCUAAUGAUGGGAGAAUGAAUAUUGUAUCAAGAGAAUUCAGAAUCAUCGAUUCACAUAAUUAGUAGAUCGGAGAAUGAAUAUUCUAUCAAGAGAAUUCAGAAGGAUCGAUUCACAUUCACGUAACACGACCAUGAGUAUCUUUUUCUAUGUACUUCUAACAAGGACUCCCGCUCCCCGAUCCUCCGAUCCUUCGAUAGUGGAUUCUUCCAUGCAGAAGCUGCUUACGCCAGUGGAUCUGGAGGCUUGUAUGUGGAUGGCAAGGAACCUUCUCGUGCUCGCUCUUGAAGGCAGGAAAAUGACAAUACCGAAGGGGACUCUGGAUGAGGCUCAGUCGGUUGUGCUGGGCGAUGAUGGGCGAGCUGUGGAAGCAGGUGAUAAGAGUAGGCGUCUCGCCAGGGAGGUUGUACUGGGAGAGGAUAGUUAUGGAGAGUCUAGAUAUUGAUACCAGAUAUCCGUGUUUCUUAGUAGGCAUCACAGUUUUUAACUAGCAUGAAGUUUACGACUUCUCGUCACAUGCGCGGUCCAAAGUAGAAGAUGUGAGUCGAAGCAUCUCAAGCUGGUGUCGGUCCGUAUCUACUCCUCAACAUUUCAGUUUCACGAGCGACCUCUAACAAACACUGGACCACUUCAUGACCUCCGCCAUGCUCAAGGCACGCGGAAAGAGGAGAAUAAGCACAGCGACUUCAGCGAGACGACGUUCAAUUCGGGGCAGUCGUGAAGAGCAUGAGGCGCUGGAGGGGGAGAAGAUUAUGAGUCGCUUUGGGGAGCAAGUAGCAAUAGUGAAGAUGAGGCGUUGUACGUGUAGAACGACAAAGCACGACCAAGUCCUUCUAUUCUCUUAGGUGACUCCAACUAGCGCAUGCUCAUCUUGUUGGAUAAAAUGAAUGCAGAUCUAGAUCAUGCCGUACACCUUGCACAACAAGAACUCAUGUGAACUACUAGGCAGCAUGUUGAUGCUGGAGGUAUUCUUAUUCGUUUAUACGUAGAUAUGGACUGCUGUAGUUGAACAUGAUCCAUUUUUUGAGACCUCCACCUUACGCUUCAUAUCCAACAAGGAUCCACCUCCUGCGUCUUCUGGCGACGAAGCACCAACAUCAACGAGUCUGGGAGGUGGUUCAGGAGCAUCGUCCUCUGGCGACGAAGGAGCUAGUAGUGUUAAUGCAUUUUCAACGAGCAAAACUGGAACUGCAGCCGCUAUCAUACGACCACCUCGUCUCGACCGCGCGUCCUCAUCUGAAGAUGUAGCCGCUUCGAGUAGCGUGGAUAUCUUCGUGCCGAAUGCACUAGUAGCAGUGAGCAGUGACCAGGAAACGUUUUUACCAGCUUCGAGCGCCGCAUCGGCGGGCUACGUGAGUUCAACGGACACAGGCGGAUAUGGAUCGACUGAUGCGGAGGAAGAGGCUACAGGAGGCGGGAGGGACAGCAUUAGUGGACCACGAAGAGGAGAACUUCCACCUGGUCAAAGUCGAGAUGAAUUCUUGAUCCCGCACUACGCAGAAGACCCAAUAGCUCUUCUUAACAAGAACACUUCUGGUUCUUCUACUACUAGCGUGACUGGAGGAGAUCCGAGCAAGACUUCUGCAAGAUCGCCAAGCAAGAACAAAGGCACACCGAAUAGCAGAUCGCCAAACAAGUUUCGCUCACCACCACGACGGACGUCGUCGCAUGGUGCGGCGAGUCUGCAACUGGCGUUAGCAGCCGCCAAUCAAGUCGACGAGGAAGGGAACGUCAAAAGUGGAAAUCCGCUAAGCAGGGGAGCGGGUGUUAUGGUCCUUUGAUGAUUAUAUAUAUUGUACGUAAGUAUGCUGUUGCAUUUAGUAAUUGCAAGGUAAAGAUCGAACAGUUGUUGUAGUGUAAAAUGAUAAAAAUCUGAAUAAUUGUCGUGCACACUGCUGGUCUUUCUGUCCUUUUUUUCGAAUUUUCUGCUUCGUUGAUGCGAGAUAGUUGUCAUCUCUAACCUCCCCUCCCGCGCAAAGUAUCCGAGUACCGAAAAGCUUCUGCAGAUGGUGGCAACGGAAGCUUCUUUGAGCGGGUUAGGAGGAAGAGCGGAGCUGCGCCUCGCCCUCACAUCAGCAGCGGCUGUGCAGGCGGUCGAGGUGAAUGCACGCGGCCUGUCACUUGGCGUACAGCUAGUGCGCGUUUUCACUCUCUUCCGAAAGUGCAGCAUUCACAGACAAGAUAUCUUUCUGCUGUUUCUACUAGGGUACCAGUUUGUGGAGAAAACUCCGGAAGUGAUUGCGGCUGUGGUGGAGGAAAAUAUGAUGAACAGUAUUUCCAGUGGGACUGGGAGAGGAAAUGGAGGUACUAGCUUUUUGUAUCUCGAGGAUAAGGAAGAUGGCAAAUCAGAUCGACAUGCAGCUGUAUCUUCUUCUAGCAGUGGUGAUGAGCAAGGAAGAAGCACGCCCGGUGCCAAGAAUCACAAGACUACGACUGGUACAGCACAAGAUGGAACUUCUGGUAGAGCACAUGAUGGAACUUCUAAUGAAGCGGUCGGGCAUGCAUCGGCGUCUUCAUUCUAUGCCAUUGCAGUAUGUGCCGUUCUGUACGUAGUUCACUGUCAUGUUUUUGAUGGCAAAAUUGAGUUCGCCGACUGGGUCAGAGAGCUGUGGCCAUCAUCUUUAGCACAGGCAGUUAUAGCGCCUGGAAAGGACAAGAGAACAAAGGAUAAAGUGGCGAAAGAGAACGUAGCUAAAAUCUAUCCAGCCACCACGAGUGCGCAAGAGAAGUAUCUCGAUGCAUGCGAUACCACAUCAAACGAGGGCCUGGCCACCAGCACGGAAGAGGGAGGAGUAGAUGAGCCUGGAAAGCAAGGACACGUAGUAGUAGAAAUUGGAGAACUAGCAAGAGGAAGGAGAACUGGCUCCAACACAGUCCUCGAUAACAACUACUAUCCUCAGGCAAAAGUUUUCCGUCGUGCGGUAUCGACUGUUUUGCGCGCGUCUGACUUUCGCUUCGGCACAGAUGCUGUGAAACUACAUGCUCAUCUUCUGACAUUGCGUCAGCAUUUGCGAAAGCGCGUAAAGGAUCAUGCUAGGGAUCCCUUGCGUCUUCUAGCAGUUCAGCAUGCAGAAGCAAAUACCACUGGCGCAAGGAUGAGGAAAAUGUUUGGGUUGCAGCGGUCGCAGACGUUUAGUGUUGGGGCUGAUGGCUGAUCACGAAGAUGUUCAUGUUAGAUACACGAAGAACCUCGGAACACAUGGUCUUGCCUUAUCUGAGCUGUCAGAAUGCCCCACAGACUUUCUUUAGGUAUGGUUGAGGCUCUCUUGUUGAAUCAAUUUGAUGAUGUAGACUCGAACGGAUCUGUCUACACUGGCGAUAUUAAUGUAAUGACCCAAAGAAACAGACUCAGACCACCAGUACCAGCAACACUUAUCACUGCUGAACCUGAACCUCCUGCAGUGGCGAUGGCGUACUAAGGGAAUGGAAAACGAAGAAAGG